UAGUUCUUAAUCUGUAUCACAAGACACAAACACUACUUAGUACUUUUAUAUACCACAAGCUCUAAGAAAAAUCAACAAACAUACAAAUUGAAAAUUAUGUUUUGUAAUUUUAUUCCGAAAAACUAAAGAAGCUAGUGCUUAUGCGGGAAAUCUGUUAAGAAUAAGAGGAAUAAAUAAUAUUUGUGAAUAAGUUUUGCUUUAACACUAACUUAAAAAAUGUCAGACGACGAAGUUAUACGUUUCGAAAUUACGGACUACGAUUUAGAUAAUGAAUUUAAUCCCAACCGAAGUAGGAAAGCUAAAAGAGAACAGCAAAUAUACGGUGUCUGGGCGAAAGAUAGCGAUGAAGAUGAUAAUGAAGAUAAUGUUAGGCAGAGAUCUAGAAAGCCUAAGGAUUUCUCAGCUCCAAUUGGCUUUGUUGCUGGUGGGGUGCAGCAGGCUGGUAAGAAGAAAGAGAAAGAAGAAAAACAAGAAGUUGAAUCAGCAGAAGCGUCCAUGUCACGACCAAAGUUUGCAGACAGUUCCGAUGAGGAGGAAGUGAGCAACCCAGCGGAGAGUGAAACUGCGGGGAUACGGCGCGCCGGCCAGGGCAUGCGACCCCCGAAUCUGGGCGGGAAUGUUGGUGCUUGGGAGAAACAUACUAAGGGAAUUGGCGCUAAGCUAUUACUACAGAUGGGUUACCAACCUGGUAAAGGUCUUGGAAAAGAUCUGCAAGGUAUAUCGGCUCCAGUUGAAGCCACAUUGAGGAAAGGGAGAGGAGCUAUUGGUGCAUAUGGACCUGAAAAAGCUGCAAUAAAAGCAAAAAAAGAAGAGGAGCGACGUCUAAAAGAGAAAGCGGAUCAAGAAAAAGCGGCAACACCGAAGACAUAUAAUUGGAAGAAGUCGCACAAAGGACGCUACUUCUAUAAGGACGCGGCAGAUGUUAUACAAGAGGGUAAACCCACGAUGCAUACUAUUAGCAGUAACGAGCUAUCCCGCGUGCCGGUGAUCGACUUGACCGGGCGCGAGAAGCGCGUGCUCAGCGGCUACCACGCGCUCCGAGCUGCGGCGCCGCGGUACGAGCACGAGCCCCGACGCGAGUGCACCAACUUCGCCAUUCCCGCGCUGACGCACAACCUGCAACUCAUGGUCGAAUGCUGCGAACAGGAUAUAAUUCAAAAUGCUCGUGAACUACAACAAGCUGAGGACGAGAUAGUUGUCCUGGAGAGAGAUCUGGAGGAGUGUAACAAGACGAUAGGUGAUCAAGAUGAAGUGAUAAAUAAAGUGCAAAUGAUCCUCAUGAAAGUGGAGACGUUGAAUAGGCCUGAUGUCUCCCUGGAGACCUCGUAUGAAGUGUUGGCCGACUUGAAGGAAUCAUCACCGCUAGAAUACGAAAUGUUCGGUCUGGGCCCCAUAGGCGCCAACAUAGCGAGCCCCCUGUUCAGCGCGUUGCUGGCCAAGUGGGAUCCGCUGCAGAACCCUUCGGAACCAGUGGAAACGUUCCUAAAGUGGAAACCGUUGCUUACCGAGGAGUCUUACAAUACAUUGUUGUGGCAACACUUUGUGCCGAGUAUUACCACUGCUUCUGAGGUGUGGAACCCGCGCGUGCCGGAGCCGAUGCUGCGCGUGUUCGAGGCCUGGUGCCCUUUUAUACAGGCGAGAACUUUGAACUCGGCCUAAAACUGGUGCCUGCCACUUAUCACAAUUUCUGUCAUCUUAUCUCUAAGCAAAUCUUGUGAUUUGAUAGGAAAUAAAUUUAUUUUAUUUUUAUUAUUAUCCUCAACGUACAUAACUUGGCGAUGUUGUGCAGGUGACGCGUUAAAUGCCAGCGUGUACCCGCUGAUCCGCUCGCGGCUGGCCAGCGCCCUAGCCGCCUGGCAUCCGGCGGACGCGUCGGCCAAGCCGCUGCUGGCGGCCUGGCGGCAUGCGUGGGGCGGAGCCCUAACGGCGCUCCUGCACCAUCAUAUAGUGCCCAAGUUGGAGCAUUGCCUGCAGCAUGCGCCGUUGGAGCUCGUCGGCAGGGAGAAUACGGCGUGGCUGUGGUGCGUGCAGUGGGUGGAGCUGGUGGGCGCGCCGGCGGUGGCGGCGCUGGCGGGGCGCGCGCUGCUGCCGCGCUGGCUGGCCGCGCUCGCCGCCUGGCUCAACACGGCGCCGCCGCACGCCACCGUGCUCGCCUCCUACACGCACUUCAAGAAAAUGUUCCCACCCGAAGUGCUCAAAGAGCCGGUGGUGCGUGACGCGUUCCGGAAGGCUCUAGACAUGAUGAACAGAAGCACGGACAUAGAUGCCGUUGAACCACCCCCACCCCCACGGUUCACGAUCACGGAAACAAAACCAGAGACCACCUCCAGGAUAGCCGAUGCCCUAGCAACUACCACGCAGAAGAGCUUCUCGGAGCUUCUAGAAACUAGAUGCAUGGAGAAGGGCAUCACCUUCGUGCCAAUCGCUGGGAAAACGAGGGAGGGAAGGCCGAUUUACAAGAUUGGCGACUUGCAGUGCUAUGUUGUAAGGAAUAUAGUGAUGUACUCCAAUGAUGGUGGCAGGAAUUUCUCGCCGAUCAGCAUGGAGAAGCUAUUAAAAAUGGUGGAGGAAUAAAUGUGUUGUCGCAUACCAA